AUGAUUUGCAACCGCUGCUUACGGACGGCCGUCCAGCGCCCCGUCGCUCUCCCUUUCCGCCGCGCCAUCACCACAACCUCACCUCUUCGAGCCACCGCUCAAGCAGCACCGCGACAGGGAAACCCAAACAGCUCAGCCCACACACCGUCUGCUGCUACCUCAACAGGAGCCGCGCAACCAUUUUCUACACCUUUGACAUCUUCGCCAUCAGCUGCUGAGCUGCAAGCACCGAGUGCACAGAAAGCGGCACCCACAGUAAAGAGUUCAGUGACUGCUGGCACACCGCUGAAGGGCUUGAACUUUAUCAAGGGAAAGAACGACCCUCUUGCCCUGGAAGAUGCAGAGUAUCCGACCUGGCUGUGGGGAAUUUUGAAGAAGAAGGGUGGAGAGAGUGCAGCUGAUGCUGGUUCCGUGGAGGGAGAUUUGUUCUCAAAGUCCAAAAAGCAACGUCGCGUGGCUGCCAAAGCCCUCCGCAAACAACAACUACUCAACCCCGAAGCACUGGCUCCCAAAAUCCCUCUGCACGAACAAACCAUUGAUUUGCCUGCUGGAGAUGGAAGUCUGCAGGGUGCCAUUGAGGCCAUGGAGGCUAGAGAUGCCUUGACAAAGGCUAUGCGCAAGAACAGACGUGCUAAGAUCAAGGAGGCCAACUUCUUGAAGGCUAUGGGUUAG